ACCAUAGCCUGAACAGCCUCAUGUGUUUACACACACACACACGAGUUAGUUCUGUUAUUUCUCAACGUGAGAUGAUUUGGAUCUAAAACUUUGGUGUGAAUGUACGGUUGGCAGUAAACGACAUGCAUUCAUUCAUGGAAUAAAAUUACUUUUAUUUAAGUUGAAAUGAAAGAGGUCUGGAGUGUAAACUCCGCCUACCUGGCGCCGCACUCCGUCAACCGYGUAAUAAAAGAGGUAUAACCAGUUUUCCUCCACGUUUCAGUAACGACGCAUUGGAUUGGCUAACAUCUGUAGUUUGUUUGUCCAAUUACAUUCUAGAUUACAGUUGUCAGGAAGUGCGGGACGCCGUAACAAAACGUAUUACUUACAAACGUAUUUGUUUGAGUUAACAAGAUUUUUUAAACCAGAAGUUCUUUUAAUUUCUAACACGUAUAUAACUGUGCAUCUAAUUGUUAAAACAGGAGCUAGCUAGCAGCUAAUCACUUAGCGUUCAUACUGUUAGCGCUGUUUUGUUGAACUUGAUUACAUCGCUAACAUAGUUCGUACAAUCUCAGCUUGUCGACAUCAGUUUGUUGGAGUCUUUUCCAGCCGCUGAUUAAAGAUGUCUGACACCGUCCUUCAGGUCGGUCCUGGAGUUUUCAUCAUCGCUGCGGUUUGGAUCGCAGCUCUGCUGCUGAUGACGAUGAUUCUGAGAGCAGCUGGCUCUGCAAGGUUAGGAGUCAUCCCUGUUCUCCUCUUGACUGUUGCCUUCACCUUGGGACUGGUGUUUUUCCCUCGCAGUCCYGAGACUCCGCCCCCUUUCAAAGAGAUAGAGAUCGUGGACUCGUUGUUGAUCGGACGCUAUGUGCUCCUGGCUGUGGUCAGUGUCGUGUUCCUGGUGGCUUUCUUCAUGCUGCUCCCCUUUCAUUUCCUGGAACCGGUCCGUGCCAAGGCCUUAAGAACUUACUGAUCUGUUGGGACCCCCACACCCCAACCCGGCCCGGCCCCGGUGCACAGACCUUAUCUCUUUGUUCCAGAUUGUUCCUGAAGCUGGUCUGUAUGAAGGGUUCUGGCUGGUGUGGUCCAGAGGUMGUCAGUUUGAGUCCAGCUUCAUGAAGCACAUGGAAAACGGCCCUGUUGGCCUGGACCCUGAACCUUCCAUGGACUCCAAGCUUUGAGCUGCUGUGAGAGCGAAUGGAUGGAUGAAUAACUGAGUGGUCAGUUCAUUAAUAAAAAUACUUCAUUUUAA